AUGAAGAGUACAUUUGUGAGCUUGCUACUGGUGUUGGUCCUCACAAAUGGAGGCAUGGAGGGAGCGCAAGGGUUCAGUUGUGAGAUUGCCAAAAUCAUGUUGAUUCCAUGCUUAGAUUUUGUGACCGACAAAGUUGAUACCCCUUCAACUGCGUGUUGCAGAGGAUUGAGCGCAGUGAAAGCUUCCGCACCAACCAAAGACGAUGUUCGUGCCGCUUGUAAAUGCCUUAAGGAAGGAAUCACUCACAUUCCUAAUCUCAACUUUCAAAGAGCCCAGGAACUUCCCACACUAUGCGAUGUUGACGUGGGUUUCCCCAUCACCAAAGACGUCAAUUGUACCAAAACAGGUGGAGGAAGAAAUGGGACAUUGAAAAUGGGGACUUUGCUUGGAAUUUUUGCAGACAUGGAAGCUUCGAGGGGCUAUAAUUGUGACAAGGCACGUCGCUCAGUGUUGCCAUGCUUAUCUUUUGUUAUGGACAAUGCUGAUGCUCCUUCAACUCAAUGUUGCAAAGGGGUGAAAGAAGUGAAAGCUUCAGCACCAUCAAAACCUGAACUUCGUGCUGCAUGUCUCUGCAUCAAAGAGGCACUCUUCUACAAUCUUAACCUAAACUACCGCAAAGUCAAAGCACUUCCUGGUCUAUGCAAGGUUGACCUGGGUUUUCCCGUCAGCAUCAACGUCAACUGUGACCGGUAA